AUCAAAAAUCAAAAUGGCAGAUUCUUCAGCAUCCCCCAAGAAGAAAGGGGCCAGGAAAUCAAAGCGUCCAGAACCGCUUGGAGAAGAAGGGCAUUCUAACCCAGGAACACCUUCUCCAACCAAGUCUGGAACACCUACCCCAUCACAGACAGGAACACCUACCCCUCAGGCAUCACCAGCUAAAACUGCAUCGCCAGUGAAAGAGAAAUCUCAGGAUGUGUUCCCCACAGAUGUCCCAAAGAAAGAGAAGAUGCCACCAUCUCCUACUAAAUCUGUUGAGACAAAGAAGAAAGAGAGCCAGUCUGUUGAGUUUACCAACAUUGACCCCAAGGCCUAUGGUAUUGAGUUUGAGGAAGAAGAGUUUGUGUUUGACCCCCCAGCAAAUGAUGAGGCGCUGCCAGAUCUCUACCGAUUGCUUGAUACACUGGAGGGGGGAGACAAUGAACUGGAGACAGAAAGACAGCCACCUGCUCUUUUUACUCGCCCAGAACACCUUCCAAGGUUUAAGAAGAUAUCAGAGUUGAAGCAGGAGAUUGAGGAUGCCGAGCUGGGACCUCACUUGGAACAAUUUGAGGAGGGAGUCAAAGAUGAUGUGGUCAUGCUUGGUCAAAUCUCACUGGAGGAUGUCCAGGAAGAGGAGAAACACCUGAGAGAUGAACACAUCAGGUACAUGGAUCAGGAGGCUGAGAGGAAGAGAAAACAGAAAGAGGAACUCCUGAGGAGAGAAGAAAUGGCUAAGAAACGUGUUGCUGAGGAAACCAAGAGGAAACGAGAAGAGAUCAUGCGUAGACUUGACAUGCUGAGACAAAAAGAGAAACUAUUAAUGGAUCGUUUGCAUCGUGCCUACCGCCGUGCUGAAAGUCAGCUCAUCAGUGUCUUAGAACGCAGGAAGGGUGAAGUUAAGACAUUCUACGGUGACCUGAUGACUAUAGAUGGUCAGUAUGGGGGAAGUCAAGGUCGUCGCUGGAAGGUCGACUGGGACAGAACACCACAGCCAAUACAGGUCAAAUUAGGAUGUCUUCGUGGUGUCCGAGAUAAACUGCCAGGAGGCCGGUAUGUUUUGAUGGUGUCUCUCUACAAUAGACUUGGAGGUCAUGUGCUGCGUUGGUCAAAACUCAAGAGUCAGAUGUGGGGAGCAGCCAGCUUACCUGUCCAGCAUGACGGUUUCUUCUAUAAUGUAGAGAUGAAGUUUGAUCAGAGUGUGUUUACUGUGCUACCCUCCAAAGCUUCCCUCAAGCCGGGUAUGGUAUUGGUGUUUGAAUUGUUUCUGCUUCGAGGAGCGACUGUAAAAUCAGACCGAGUCGUGGGCUGGGGCAGCUUUCCUAUCUGUGAUGCCCAGUUUGAUAUCAUUGAGGGAAAGUACAAGUGUCCAUUUCUACGAGGCGAGAUGGACCCUAACAUCGAGAAACAUGAGAAGGUCGAGGAGUUGGUGGCUGGAGACCUUGACCAUUGGCUCUGUAACAUGUAUCUAGAGAUUGUCAAGCUACCAAGGUUCCUUGCAGGACAGAAGGAGUAUGAGGUGGAGCUGGAGUUUUCCUCUACACUGACAGCCUAUCCUGAUAGAGUGAAGACUGGAGGGGAAGAAAAUAGAGACGGGGAGAAUCCAGAACCUGGCUCCUCUACCACUGUAGGCUCUGAACAGGAAACAGAUAUUGGGGCAUCACGUGAUAGUCUCAAAUCUCCAUCAUUUUACGAAACAGACAAUGAGGGAGGUCGUUCUGUGAGGUCAACAGCCACAACCACCAAGGUCAAACUCAGUGAGAACAGUAUGCUGGAAACAACAACCUAUGGUUCGCGUAUCAUACACAAAGAUAGAAAAAUGAACAUGGCCAUCGGAUCAGAUUCAGAGGAUAGUGACUCUGAUAUUGACGACAUGUAUGCUAUCAAGAAAGGUCAAGAGUUCAAACAAGUCAAAGGAAUGCCAGGAAUGUUCUAUAAGCAUUACCUAAACAACCCACAAGAUGACUACAAUAAGAAGUUGUUUUCCAUGCUUCCACGAACCACACUGCUUGCUCCUCCAAAGAACAAGAAGAAACUCACUCGUGUGGAACAGCUGGAACAACACUCGAUAGCAGUACAACCUGCAUUUGCUGGUAAGGGUCGUACAGCACGAAAGAGUUACGAGAAGAUCCAGUACGUGGGGCGUCAAUUUCUUGCAGAGCUUGGCCUCUCACAGUGGAGAAGCCGUGAGUUCUGGGGGAUGAUCCUCUUGUUCAUUGUUAUCUUCUUCAUGAGGAUGUUCAUGCACUACAUAGGACAGUGGUUGUAUCUACAUGUCAUCGAUAUUCCUGUCAACUCGUUUAACUUUCUGCCCUACACUGUGGAACUGAACUACCAGCCGACACUUUUAGUGACAAGGGAAGAGAUUGGAGUAGUCUGGAGCGGUCCACUCCUCAAUCUCAUCAUCUUUUGUCUGUUUAUCAUCCUCGUCUGGAUCUCACAGCUCUUGUUUGGACUUUUCCCAGACCUUGGAUGUAAAUUUGUCAUUGUGUAUGGACUCCAUACAUUCCUUGAUCCUCUGACCAUUCUCAUUGUGGAUGCCUCGUUGGGGCGGCAAGAGGUGACAGCCAUUAAUCCAAUCGCUGACUUUGCCAAGUUGUACUGGCACUUUGAUACAGUGGAAGGGUCAGGUCUGGCUGGUAUCUUCCUCACAGCAUUCAUCUAUGUCUUCCACAUGUUUAUGACUGCCUCCUGUCUCUACAUGUACUUCCUUAGACUCCAUAACAAUGGCCGUUUGCUGGAUGUAUACUGGCGUCUCCGUGGUGAUGAAGACAAGUUCUUCAUCCCAUAUGACCUUGAAGUUUCGAACCAAGAACUAAACUACAUCGCAAAGAAGGCUGAGAUGUGGCGUGGGGAAGAGGGUGAGCGACGCAAAGUGGCGGUGUUUGACUACAUUUGGGAGGAGGAAGAUGUAGAGGACAGCAUCUGGGAUGAGAAGGGAAUCGAAAAUCGAGAGAGACAAGAUGGACGCAAGGAGAUCACAACCCAUGUGUCUAUUCACACUGUACAUCUUGAUGGUUUGAGGGAACUGUACCGACAUUUCCUACGUCUGCCAGAUGGAGCUGUUGUUGAGGUAUUUGGAGAUAUCAGUAUUCCGGGAAUGGACAAGGAUAUCAAGAAUGCACUGGAAAAGGGCUCUAAGGGGCUGGAGAAACUCAUGGGCUCUCAGGAUAGCCUAAACAAGGUCAGAGGUCGACAAACUGUUCACACACGAAGCGGUUUCCAUGCCGACUCACCAACCCCAAGCAGCGCUGGAUCUUCCUUGGAGAACCUCAAGUCAAAGAAACACAUGUAAAUGUGACCGCGUAUCUGUGAUAAGAUCAUCGUCUUUUAGGAAGAUUUGAAAGAUCCAAAUUAUUUUUCAUUCAUAAAAGAACCAGCGAAA